AGAAUUUCCCACUCCGUCUGUCGCCUCUGUUGGAAACCCUAGCUUUUCACUCUCUCUCCUUCGCCACCAUCAGCUACAAUGCCGCCAAAGUUCGAUCCCUCACAGGUCGUCGACGUCUACGUCCGAGUCACCGGCGGUGAGGUUGGAGCCGCCAGUUCUCUCGCCCCGAAGAUCGGCCCUCUCGGUCUCUCCCCAAAGAAGAUCGGAGAAGACAUCGCCAAGGAGACCGCCAAGGACUGGAAGGGCCUCCGCGUCACCGUCAAGCUCACCGUCCAGAACAGGCAGGCCAAGGUUUCGGUUGUGCCGUCUGCGGCGGCGCUCGUCAUCAAGGCCUUGAAGGAGCCCGAGCGCGAUCGCAAGAAAACUAAGAACAUCAAGCACAGCGGCAACAUCUCACUGGAUGACGUCAUUGAGAUCGCCAAGGUCAUGAGGAACAGAUCCAUGGCCAAGGAGCUCGCCGGCACGGUGAAGGAGAUUCUCGGCACCUGCGUCUCAGUGGGCUGCACGGUCAACGGCAAGGACCCCAAGGAUUUGCAACAGGAGAUCGCCGAUGGCGAUGUCGAAAUCCCUCUCGAUUGAGCUGCUGCUGCAAUUUGGGAGACUCAUGUUGAACGAGCAGUUGGCAACACCAAACAGAAAAAAGACCAAAGGUGCUUUGUCUAGUUAUGUAUCCAAGUUGAUUAGAUUAGACUUUCAUAGGCAAUGUACUUUCUUCUUUUGGUUCUAGUUAUGUAUCCAAGUUGGUUAGACUUUCAUAGACAAUGGUUGGAUUAUUCAUGUUACCUCUGAAAAUCAUAUGUUGAUUUUGUGUGUG